GGUCGCGCUGCGGUAACAGUGUAGCGUGGGGAAGGGACAUCACCACUCAGAACUCUCGACUCUCAUAGAACUUAAGUGAUAACAGGAGGAAUCAUCCAAAAAAUUGUACUCAGUGUGGAAUUCCGGAAAGAACUCGGCAGUGUUCUGGCGGAAGACGGACUCGGCAGAAGGAACGUCUGCCGCUAAUUUCACGGACGUCCAUGUAGCGAGCCUGCUAACAUGGUAUCCUUUCCUUGACAGAGUUGAAAGAUGCGCCAUCAGAUACGAAUUCCCAUCAUGAUGCAAGCUAUGGCCAUAGUCUCCGCCCUCCAUAUCAUCUCCGAAGCGACCAUCCCCGAGUGCAACAAGGGCCAGGGCCAACUGCGCUUCGAGAAGAUCACUGGCACGGCGCUGGCGCGGAGCCCCUUGGAUAAGGAUGUGAUCCGUGACACCAAAAUCCCCGCCGCCAUCGCCGCCGUCUGCGCCGCGCGAUGCCUGAAGGAGAAGACCGCUCAGCAGCAACUCAGCAACGUCUGCACGGCCUUCGACUUCAUCCCCGGCGUCAGCAUAGACUACUACAACUCGAAGAACAUUACCUUUCAGGAGAGCAAGUGCUUCCUGACGCGCCAGGCCGACCCGAACGUCCAGCCCAGAUACGAGGACCGGCGCGGCACGUCCCACUUCCGCGAGGUCUGCUACUCCGCCUCUACGGUGCGGAGCGAGUGUCCGACGCGAAUGUACGUGAUGGAGCGGGUGAGGAACCACCACUUCGUGCCCGACAACACGGGCCGCGACUUCAAGUUCCAUACGAGCGAGGAGUGCCAGAACAGCUGCCUCAACCAGUACGCAGACGAGAACCAGGCCAGCACCUUCGUUUGCCGCUCAGUCACUUAUGACAAGACGACCGGAGACUGCUUCCACUCGCAGUACACACGGCGUACCCACACGGACAAAUUUUUGCCCAACACUAAUUUCGAUUAUUACGAAAAUACCUGCCUUUCAGCCGACCGCCGUUGCCCCAAGAAUAAGCUCACCUUCAUGAUGGAGAAGAACAAGGAGCUUCGCGGAGCACACAUCACGGAGGUCCACUUCGGCGUGUCGGAGCAGGAGUGCAAGGAGAAGUGCCUGGACAGUGUGUACAUAUUCUGCCGAAGGUUGGAGUACACGGAAGAGAGCAAAAAGUGCGUGAUCAUUGACGAGGACUCCGUCAGUCAAGAUUACGCGCUCACGGACACUAAUUCGAACGCAACCUAUUACGAACUUUUCUGCAUCGACGGAGCUAAAGUCAAGGGCGAUUACCUCUUCGAUAGCAAAGAGGACGUGACGGAGCAGCUCAACGAGAGGAGGUACACGGAGGUCCGCACAGCCUUCCAGCUCUACCGGAACAGGCGGCUUCAGCUCAAGCCCGGCUUCCGCGGCACUCGCACCCGCGAGGUCAACCGCGUGACCCUGGCCGAGUGCCUGGACGAGUGCCUGGAGGAGAGGUCCUUCACCUGCCGCUCCGUCUCCUACUCGGACCGCUACCAGAGCUGCGAGCUCUCCGAGUACGACAAACUCAGCGGGAGCCUCGAGUACGACAACGACUUCCACUACUUUGAGAACCUCAUGGAGAACCUGGUUCUGAACCAAGACACGGCAGGCUCGGAUGACACGCCCGUGUCCGUGGUCGGCUCCCGGGCCGGCGUGGGCGGGGAGCAGCAGCCCGGCCGUCAGGGCGCCGGCGACUCGUCCGACCAGGGGCCCGGCGGCGCAGGUCAAAGCGGGCCCCUCCGACCGGGCUCCGCAGGCCGGUUCGGUAGCGACGAGGCCACAAGGGUCACAGGGAGCAGCACCUCCUUCAGCGGCAGCAGCUUCGGAGGCACCGGCGGGAGGGUCGGCGGAAACGGCUUUGAGAGUUCCGAGGGCAGAGUCAUCAGCGCGACCAACGGAUUCGGAGGCGUCGGGAGCAGAGUCGGCAGCAGUGCCAGCGGAGACGCUGACGGCGACAGGUUCAGGCCUCGGCCCGGACUCUUCCGCCCAAUCAACACGGACUUUCGGGACCGCAACACUGCCUUCAACUUCGGCGGCGCCGUCAGCGGCGGGUCUUCAAGCAGCUUCGGCGGCAGGCCUUCAAGUAACACCAACAGUGGAUCGAGCGCCUUCGGUGGCAGACCAUCAAGCAGCAGUGGCAGUGGUUCCUCCAGUGCCUUCGGCGGAAGCAGCUCCUCCACUGCCUUCGGCGGGAGUAGUUCAUCCAGUGCCUUCAGCGGAAGCAGCUCCUCCACCGCCUUCGGCGGGAGUGGUUCCAGUGCCUUCGGUGGUGGCAGACCUUCAACCAGUGCUGGCAGUGGAUCUUCUAGUGCCUUCGGGAGCAGUGGUUCGUCGAGUGCCUUCGGUAGCAGACCCUCCAGUACCAGUGGCAGUGGGUCGUCGAGUGCCUUCGGCGGGGGACCCUCCAGCACUAGUGGCAGUGGUUCGUCGAGUGCCUUCGGUGGAAGUAGUUCCUCCAGUGCCUUCGGCGGGAGACCCUCCAGCACUAGCGGCAGUGGAUCAUCGAGUGCCUUCAGUGGGAGGCCUUUCGGCAGCGGCACCUCGAGCAGCUUCAGCGGGAGCGGCGCCACGAGCGCGUUCGGCGGCAGACCCUCGACCGGCUUCGACAACGGCCGGCAGACGGCGACCGGGGCAGCCGGAGGCAGCGUGGACGGCCUCGCCGUCGCGGCCGCCCUCGGGCCCAACGCAGACGGAACGAAACACGCCGUUGAUAUUUCAGGAAGCAACCUGGGGGGGCCCUCAUCUUCAGGAGGAGGAGGAGGAGGACACUAUGGUGGCGGAUACUCGGGUUCGGGAUCCUCCCGUUGUUUCGAGGUCAUAGGAACUCGCCAGCGACUGCGAAGGACCUACAUAAGAGACUAUCUGACGGUCAGCAGUGUGGAUGAAUGUAAGCGGAGGUGUGAGCAAACACAUUCCUACUACUGCAAGAGUUUCAACUUCAGAUACGCCACCUCCAGGGACAACUGCGAACUCUCCGACGAGGACACGAUAGGCUAUCUGUCCCUCAACAACCCGUCGCACUUCGAGAGCGACAGCACCUCUGAUUACUACGAACGCACGUCCAACUGUGGCUCGGACUAUGGCAAGACUCCGGACGGCCUGGAUGUUCAGCAAGUGUGCUCGCCCGACGGGAUGGAGUUCACCCUCAGGACGGAGGAGCCCUUCCGCGGCCGCAUCUACACCUACGGCUACUACGACCGCUGCUUCGCCCGCGGCUCCGGCUCCAGCAUCACUGUGCUCAAGAUCUCCGGCCCCAGGGGCUUCCCCGACUGCGGCACCACCAGGUUUGGAGAGACCACGACCAACAUCGUGGUGGUCCAGUUCUCGGACAACGUCCAGACGUCCCUCGACAAGCGUUACAACCUCACCUGCACCGUCGUCGGCCCCAGCGAGUCGGUGGUCACCUCGGGUUACAUCGGCGCAGGGUCUGGCGCCCCCACGCCUAUCGAGUACCUUCCGGCCGAGAACCAGCUUCAGUCGCGCGUCAAGCUUCAGAUCCUGUACGGCGGGCGACCCACCACUACGAUCGCCGUCGGGGACCCGCUCACGUUCCGCCUCGAGUCCCAGCGCGGCUUCAACCUCGUGUCGGACAUCUUCGCCAGCAAUGUCGUGGCUAAAGACCCCUACUCCGGCCGCACCGUCAACCUCAUCGACAGCCGAGGCUGCCCCAUCGACAACUACGUGUUCCCGUCCCUGGGCAAGGCGCGUGACGGGGAUGGGCUCGAGGCAAGGUUCAACGCUUUCAAGAUCCCGGAGUCGAACUUCCUGAUCUUCGAAGCCACCGUCAAGAACUGCCGCGGAGGAUGCGUGCCGGCUCGCUGCACCCUCGGCAACGGGCGCGAAGAGACGGAGUCUUACGGCCGAAGGCGUCGAGACGCUGGCGACGAUCCCUCGGCGCUGGCGCUGACUGACGGCGUGGAGGACGGGGAUGGAGAGGACCCUGACGAGGAGGAGCAGGUCCAUGGAAUUUACGAGGUUUACCUCUCUCGCGACGAGAUCGACGACUCCGUGCCGCUGUCUCUGGUGGACGAGAUGUGUCUGGCGUCGUCUGAGUACUACAGCCUGGUGGCGGGUCUCAUCAUCACCAUCACCUGCCUCGUUGCUUCCCUGCUCGCCAUAGUCUACUGCAUCAGGAAACACCGCCAGCUUGACAGCAAGAACGCCGCCGCCGACGCGGGGAACCCCUACCACAGCCAGCCUCAGCAGAAGAGUAAAUUCAACUUCCCCGGCAGCCACGCCCGUACCCUCACGCAGCCCGCCAGGCAGGUCUACUUCCCCGCCAGUGAAGCCACUGCCUCGGCUCCUCAGGGCGAGGACGGCGCAGCGACGUCGUCCAGGUAUCCUGACCCCUCCGAGCCUAUCUACACCGAUCCCUCCCUCUUCGAGCGUUCUGGCACAUUGCAGGUCGAGGUCCCUCCGGUCUAUCGCCCUUUCGGAGAUGCCAACUCGCCGACGUCAUGCUGAUGGCGAGGAGUAGGGAGUGCUGACAGCCAGAAGAGGUGCUGCUGACGACGGACAUAGAGAUUAUGAAGAGGUUUUGAUGAGAUGUGAUGGUGAGAAUGAACAUACGAAGAUGCAGCACCGGAUUCUGAAAGGCUCGUGGAACAGAAGAACGAGAGGAUGAUCGAGGAGAACGAGAGUCAAAAAAGACAUAAAAGAAGAAACCGAAUCCAACGUACACGACUGAAGGUCGACGGGAGGAAGUCGAUGAUGUCAAAGAAUCAGUGUCAUAAACUUUCAUUUUCUGUAUAAACAAAUGUAAGAAACUACGAGGCGAAUCCAACGUCUCGAGAAGCGAGCGGCUCGUACCUGCCGCGCGGGCACCUAGUCCAGACAAGUGUACGUGAAGCAUCCCGGCCCCGAGCAGAGCCGUCCUGCCGUCCAUUUUUCACUUCCGUCUUCGGGAAAUAAAGAAAAAUGAAUCGCAGGCAUCCGGUAGCAAGGGUCGAAAGUGUGCCUCCGUUAAAUCGGUAUCCAUUAUUUUUUUUUUUUUUUUUUUUUUUUUUUGUCUACUGAAUUAAAAAGAAAACGGAUGGGACAAAUGCCACAAACAUCAUUCCGUAGAUAUAGUAUUAUGUAACUUUAAGUCUAAAAGCCAAAGAUGAAGUACCGCUGGUUCCUUAGGCUGCGUCCGAAUCGCAAGAUGACCUUCCCCACAGAGCCAACAUCUAAAUACAUUACUGCAGCAAUUCGGACACCCCCUGACGUCACCAGCGUCCUUCGGCGUCGAUGUCAUCAUACUGCGACUUGCAUUUCGCCCAAUUACUCCCAAUUCAGAGACUCUUGUUUUAUUGUGUGUUUGUUUAGAGGUUAAUUUUGCUCUCUUUCUUAACAUGAAUGUCUCAGCUGACGAGACCGCUUCGACUGUGAAAUGGAGGUACUGUUGUGACGACGUCGAUUUUAGGAUUAAGGACGAGUGUUCUGGAGCUUUAUAAAUCUCACGCUUUAU